CCAUCACUAAUCCGCUGCUGCUUCUUGUCGUUCAAGACACAUGGCCCGGCAUUAAUAAACAUGAGUUUGUUUUCUUAACAAGAGAAAUAUGAGCUUCAAAUGUAAUGAACGUGUACUAAAAGAAAUUCAGACUAGCUUUAAACUAACGGAAAGUCGUAAGGCAAUAUCACAAUCAGCGCCAACAACUGUCUGGCAACCAGUUCAGCAAAAGCCAAAAGUUGCCCUGUGCAAUCCACAAAAAGUCCAAACGAAAGCAACGACAAAUCAAAAGGCGCCAAAUCAACCUGAAAAUAUAAAAGUAGCUGCUAAUGAUGUGAAAUCCAAACCAAUUUCGGAAUCCAAUCAAACAAACAAAGCUGAGAAAAACGCGGAAAAUAUAAAAGUCACUGUUAAUACGAAUAAGGAAUCUAAACGAAAUCCUGAGACAGUUCUUUUGGCUACAAACACAAAUAGGCAAAUGACCAAAGCUAAGAAUAAGGCAAGAAAAAAUAUUAAAAUUAUAAGUGCUAAAAUUAAGAAUCAACAAAUGGACACCAAUCAAGAGAAAAACAAGAAAAACAACAAACAAAGUUUGAAAGUUCAGAUGCCGCCAAAAUCUGGAAAAUGCAAUGUUAUUGUUAAUCCAAAUGGAGCCAAACGUAAGGCAACGGAGAUUUCCCCUCCCCUUAAUAAACGAGCCAAAAAGGAGAUACAGCCCAAGGACAAAGGGUUGCCCAAUCGGAAACAGACGCCCACUGAAGCAACAAAUAUAAACAACAAAAAGAACGCAUCGAAAGCAAUUGAUAAAAAAAGGAGACCCAAUAGGACUAUCUCUGCUGAAAAGAAACGUGAAUCCAAUCAGAAAAAUGCAACAAAAGCUGCAGACGUUAGAAUAAAGGAUAAAAGAGACGACGAACUCUCGGAGGACUUCGAUGAAGAAGCGUAUGAAACCGAGAGCGCUGAAUCGUUUGACCAGGCGGAGUAUAGUGAUAAUUCCGAGUCCGAAUACUCGUUGGAUAGUGAAGAGGAGUUUUUCAGUAAGCCACAAGUAUAUGAAUGUUCGGGCACAGAACAGAUGCCGCUGGAGUUGGAGCAGCAAGACGAAGAGCAGAUGUCUUGGCUUGGCCUAGAUAAUAUGCCCGAGCUUCAAGCAGAUGUUACCAAAAUUUCGGUAUUCGAUGGAAUGAUGCCUGAACCCGAGCCGGAAAUACAAAACCAAACUGAAGCAACAAUUGGAGAAGAUAACAAUACGUUGUCGGAUGCAGCAGAUGAGGAGCAAAGCAUGGAAAUGAGUCCAGAUCUGGCAGUUGAUGAUGAUGCGAUGCCAAGGACAGACAUGGACGCUCAGCAGCUGGCAGCUGGCACAGAGGCAACCAUGGGCUUCUACAGGGAUGCAGUGCCGUCCGAGCUGAGCAUAUUUGAGAAUAGCCUGAAGACGAACAAUGUGCUGGCUGUGCUGAAGCAGGACAUCGAGCUGUAUGGCACCGUUAUAGUCACAUUGCUGUGUGGACGCAUUACCAUCAAUGGGUAUAAGGCGCGUCCCAAGGAUCCGUUGAGCAUCUACUCGCCCAAGGGCUUCAACUGGGUAGUCCUUGCACCCAGGCCCAACAAGAAGCCACCCAAGGCCAACGUCAACUGGGACGAGUUGAACGAGAGCUUUUCGCGCGCCCAGCUGGACAAUAUAAUGGCCAACUAUGAUAGUCAACGGGAUGCAAUUGUGCUGCUGCAGCGCAAUAACGGGGCACAGAAUAUGCUCGACACCUUUGCCAAGCACAUGGCAGAGAAUGUUUAUCCGCUGCUGAAUGCCACCAAUCGGCCGCACUAUGCCAGCGAAUAUGUGCUGAAUUGUCUGAUCCAGGCUGCCGACGGCCGGCAGGCCUUGCAGGUGCCCACCGUUUGGAGUAAGCUGGCGCUGCAGCCGCGCAGCCGCUGGAUGGUGACCGGCGGUAAAGGCGUUGGCAAAUCCACGCUGCUGCGAUAUCUGCUGAAUCGACAUUUGGAACGCUUCCCGCGCAUGCUGCUCAUUGAUCUGGACAUUGGACAGCCGGAGCUGUUUUUGCCGCAGACGGUUUCGUGUAGUGUGGUUGAUGCGCCGCUGCUAGGACCCGGCUUCUUUCUCAACCGUCAGCCGGAUCGUGCCUAUGUGGUGGGCCACGUGAACAUCGUCAUGUGCGCAGAGCAGUAUAUGCACGCGGUGCGGCAAUUGCUGGCCUAUUGCCGCAGCAACGAGAGCUAUGCCGAAAUGCCUUGGCUCAUCAAUACGAUGGGCUAUAACAAGGGCUUCGGCCUGGAGCUGAUGGCACUUCUGGUGGACUGUGUGCAGCCCACAAAUCUGGUGCAAAUAGCCAGCGCCAGGGUCAUCAACAAUUUUGAUGUGCCGCUCACCAGGGAAGCCCUAGCGCAGGUGGUGCCCAUUAUCUACACGGCGGAUGAGCACAAGGCUAGUGGAAAUCUGUCCAACUAUGCGCUGCACGAGCUGCACAGUGCUCUGCCGCAGCUGGAGCGGCAUGAGCGUCGCUGGAUGAUGAGCGCAAAGGAUGUGCGCUAUGCCAAUUUGUUGGCGCGCCUUAGUUCCGCUUUGCGCGGCAACGCCAAGCACCUGACGGACUGUCAGCCGGCGCAGGUCGAUCUGGAUGCGCUGCAAAUAGUGCAUCUCGUCUCUGAGGAAUAUACGCGCGAGGAGCUCGUAGCUGGCAUGGAGGCCAAUCUGGUUUAUCUGUGCAAAGCAGCCGGGUCGUCGGGCGAAAAGCCCGCAGAGUGUCUGGGCAUUGGUGUUGUGCGCGCCAUCGACCAUGAGGCCGGGAAACUUUAUCUGCUGCCGGCCAUGCCGCUGCAGCGUCUCGCCCAGGUUAACUGUUUGGUGCUGGGCGGCGAUAUGUGUCUGCCGCAGGGCUUUUUCAAGGAUCAAGGUGCGGGCGUAGCCAACAAUGUGCCAUUUGUGUUCAUUAUAGACGACACCAGGUCAUCCAAGAGCAUACACCACAUAUAUUUCCGAGCGCAUAAAAAUCUUUAAAGCCUAUGUUAACAACUUUUGUACAAAUGUAUAGAGAAAUGUGUAUUAA